AUGAGUUCAUCUAAGAAGAUCACUCUUGUUACUAUUCUUGUUUCAUUUUUUAUGUUUUCGUGUGUUUCAAGCACUGAACUUGAAGUUGGAGGAGAAGAUGGUUGGGUCGUACCCAAUUCUAACAAGACUCAUGGAGAUGUGUUCAACCAAUGGGCUUCCCACAACCGUUUUAAAGUUGGCGACACUAUCCGUUUCAAGUACAAGAAAGACUCAGUGUUGGUUGUGUCAGAAGACGAGUACAAGCAGUGCAAGGCGACUAAACCUCAACUCUAUUCCAAUAACCAAGACACGGUUUUUAAACUAGACCGUCCCGGUUUGUUUUACUUCAUCAGUGGUGUCUCUGGCCACUGUGAAAAGGGUCAGAAGAUGAUCAUUAAAGUCAUGGAGACAGAGUCUUCGCCAGAUUCUCCUCCUCCUUCGUCCUCUUCUUCUUCGUCUCUCCCAGCUUCAACUCACAAGAAGAGUAGUGCGUCUAAAACCGCUGUCAAGUUCAGUAGUUCCGUCUUUGUUGCCUUUUCUGUUCUUGUUGUUUCAGUUAUGGUUUGGCAUUAG